AUGCAUCACCCCGAUGUUGAUAUCGAGCCCGCUGCGGGCAUCUCCUACUUCACCCCGGCGCAGUCCCCUCCAGCCGGCACAGCAGCGAGCCCUCAAACGAAUGGCCAGGCCAUUCCCAAGCUCUUCCAGCCUCUGACCAUCCGCGGCGUCACCUUCCAGAACAGACUCGGCCUCGCCCCCCUCUGCCAAUACUCCGCCCAAGACGGCCACAUGACAGACUGGCACGUCGCGCACCUCGGCGGGAUCGCGCAGCGCGGACCCGGCAUGAUCAUGAUCGAAGCCACAGCCGUGCAAGCCCGGGGCCGCAUCACGCCCCAAGACGUCGGGCUGUGGAAAGACUCGCAGAUCGCGCCCAUGGCGCGCGUCGUCGAAUUCAUCCACUCGCAGGGCCAAAAGGUCGGCGUGCAGCUCGGCCACUCCGGCCGCAAAGCCAGCACCGUCGCGCCGUGGAUCUCCGAGACCGUCGUCGCGACGGAGGCAGUGGGCGGGUGGCCCUCUGACGUCCUGGGACCCAGCGACAUCCCCUUCGCGGACUCCUUCCCGCACCCGCGCGCGAUGAGCACCGACGAGAUCAAGGAGCUCAAGGAGGACUGGGCGGCUGCUGUGCGGCGCGCGGUGCAGGCUGGUGUUGAUUUCAUUGAGAUCCAUGCUGCGCAUGGGUAUCUGCUUUCGUCGUUCUUGAGCGCUAGUGCGAAUGGGACGCGGACGGAUGGGUAUGGCGGGCCGGCGUUUGAGGAUCGCGCGAGGUUGCCGUUGGAGGUUGCGCAGAUUACGAGGGAUGUUGUCGGGAAGGAUAUGCCUGUUUUCCUACGUAUUUCGGCGACGGAUUGGUUGGAGAGUGUGAGGCCUGCUGAGAGCUGGCGCGUGGAUGAUACCGUGCGGUUUGCGCAGGCGCUUGUUGAGCAGGGCGCUGUGGAUCUGAUUGAUAUUAGCUCUGGUGGUGUGCAUGCCGAGCAGAAGGUCAAGUCCGGGCCGUGCUUCCAGGCGCCGUUUGCGAUCGCUGUUAAGAAGGCUGUGGGGGAUAAGUUGGUUGUCGCUACUGUUGGUGCUAUUACCGAUGGACGUCAGGCGAACCGUCUGCUGGAGGAGGAGGGCUUGGAUGUCGCGCUUGUUGGGCGCGGGUUCCAGAAGGACCCGGGUCUGAUGUGGACGUUUGCGCAGCAUACCGGUGUGGAGAUCAGCAUGGCGAACCAGAUUCGCUGGGGCUUUACUGGACGCCGGGGGACUCCGUUUAUCUUGCCGGAUGUUUACAAGCAGUCGAUUUUUGAAUAG